AUGAUUAAUCUAUUCAAAUCUAUAAAGAAUUUAACCAAUUCUACCGAAUCAAAAAUAAAGCAUGGACCUUAUAAUCAUGAAUUAAUCGAAUUAUCAAGAUUAACAUUCGAUCAAUCAUCAUUACAUAUCAUUACAUCAAUCUUAAUUAAACGAUUAUCCAUAUUAACCGAUUUAGAACAUCAUCAUUAUCAACCUAACAAUAAUAAUCAAAAUCAUCGUCAUAGUUUUAGUAUAAAACGUUCAAGUAGUGAGAAAUCUUCGAAUAAUCAAUCACCACCAUUGAUUCAACGAUCAUUUUCAUUACCUUCAUCAUCAUUAAAUCUGUCAUCAGCAUCACCUUCAUCAUCAUCAUCAUCAUCAUCAUCAAUUGGAGAUGAAUCAAAUUAUCUUCAAUUAUUAAAAACGUUAACAGUCAUACUAUACUUAAUCCAAAAUGGAUCAGUGGAGUUUUUAAAAUGGUUAAAGGCAAAUUAUAAACAAUUUAUUUUACCUAAUUUAAUCUUAAUAAAUCAAAAUUAUCAAUCAAUUCCCAUUAAAUAUUUAGAAUCAAUUAAAUUUAAAUUAAUUAAGAUUUUAAAUUUAUUUGAUGAUUUAAAUAAUUUAAAUCAAUUUAAAUUAAAUUUUAAUAAAUUAAAAAAUGAUUUAUCAACUCCAGGUAUAAAGAGAAAUUCAUUUGAUGGGAAUAAUAAUCUUAUCACCAGUGCUGAUCCUUCAUCAUCAUCAUUAUCAUCAUCUUCAAAUAAUAAUAGUAAUAAUCAAAACAAUACUUUAAUGACAUUAAUGGAAGAAGAAGAUGAUGAUGAUUAUAGUACUACCCAUUAUUCAUAUCAUAAACCAAGUAAAUCAGAACCUCAUAAUCAUUAUCACGCUUUAUUUGAUACUGAUGACAUUGAAGAUACCACUACUAUCACAUAUAAGAAUAAUAAUAUGAUUCCUAAAUCAUCUUCAUCUCAUCCAUAUCUGAAUCAUAAUAAUAGAACUUCUCAUAACCAUAAUCAUAAUCAUAAUAAUCACCAUCAAUCAAGAAGUCAUUCAUAUUCGUAUUCAAAUACUUCUUCAUAUUCAGAUAAUGAUCAUCAUUAUUAUGAUUAA